AUGGACACUGGCCAGAUACAAAGGAUGGCGAGCUUGCGUGGGGACAGCAGCAGUCGGGGCUCCAUAUCCAUGUCCAUGUGGCGGCAGCGCGGGGACGACGUGUUCUCGCGGUCCUGCUCCUCCUCGCGGGAGGGCAGGGAGCACGACGAGGAGGCGCUGCGCUGGGCCGCCCUCGAGAAGCUGCCCGCCUUCGUCCGUCUCCAACGCGCCGUCCUCCCGCCCGUCCACGACGACAACGCUGACAAUGCUGAUAGCGCGGCCGCGAGGGCGGUGGUGGACGUGCGCGGGCUCGGACCGCACGAGCGGCGGGCGCUGCUGGAGCGGCUCGUGCACGUCGCCCAGGAGGACAACGAGCGGUUCCUGCAGAAGCUCAAGGACCGCGUCGAGAGGGUUGGGCUGGACUUGCCGACGAUCGAGGUGAGGUUCGAGCAUCUGCAUGCGGAGGCGCAGGUCCGCGUGGGAAGCAGCGGCCUCCCCACCGUCCUCAACUCCACCAACAAGUUCGAGGAAGCCGCAAACGCCAUGCGCAUACUGCCCAGCAGGAAGCGGACUAUGUCCAUCCUCCAUGACGUUAGUGGCAUCGUCAAACCCGGCAGGAUGACUCUGCUUUUAGGCCCACCUGGGUCAGGCAAGACCACCUUGUUACUGGCAUUGGCUGGAAGGCUUGAUAAAGACCUCAAGGUUUCCGGAAGGGUUACCUACAAUGGGCAUAGGAUAGAUGAGUUUGUGCCAGAGAGGACGUCUGCAUACAUCAGCCAGCAUGACCUUCACAUCCCAGAGCUGACCGUUAGAGAGACGCUUGCUUUCUCUGCACGGUGCCAGGGUGUCGGUGCUCGAUUUGAUAUGCUCUCCGAGCUGCUGAGGCGCGAGAAGGAAGCAUACAUCAUACCUGAUGCUGACAUCGACGCAUUUAUGAAGACAAAAUAA